ACAUUUUAAACAUAGAGAAAAAAAAUCAAAAACCCUAAAAAACUAUAGAUUUUAGCUAAACAAAGCAGGCAUUGCUCUGAAAAAUCACAUCACAGAAAUGAAAAUCCGCACACUAAAGCUAAGAGAAGCCCACAAAUCCGACGGCAUUCACAAAUCCUUCUGCUCGAUCUUGUGGGAUCACCAGGCACAGCAUCUGGUAACGGCGUCAUCCUCAGACCCAACGAUCUGUAUCCACGACCCUAUUCUCCUCUCAAAUGGUCCAAGAAUUCUCCGUCACCACCGUGACGGCGUCACAGCUCUCUCUCUUAGCCCCAAUUCCACCUGCCUCGCCUCCGGCUCUAUCGAUCACUCCGUCAAGCUCUACAAGUUCCCUGGUGGUGAAUUUGAGACUAAUGUUACAAGAUUCACAUUGCCGAUACGAGUUCUUGCAUUUAAUAAGUCCGGGAGCAUGCUAGCCGCUGCUGGCGAUGAUGAAGGUAUUAAGCUUAUUAAUACAAUUGAUGGCUCGAUUGCUAGAGUAUUGAAAGGGCAUAAAGGGCCCGUUACUGGUUUAGAUUUUGAUCCUAAUGGCGAAUACUUGGCGUCGGUUGAUUCAGUUGGAACUGUUAUAUUCUGGGAACUACAGUCUGGUUCUAUGUUGAAUACGUUGAAAAAUGUUGCUCCUAACACGGGUUUGGACACUUCUGUUAUGAAUGUUGUUAGCUGGAGUCCUGACGGUGAGACUCUAGCAGUUCCUGGUUUGCGGAAUGAUGUGGUGAUGUAUGAUAGGGACUCAGCUGAAAAGCUGUUUUCUUUAAGAGGUGAUCAUGUGGAACCUAUAUGUUUCUUGAGUUGGUCACCGAAUGGUAGAUACGUUGCUAGUUCUGGUUUAGAUAAGCAGGUUCUUAUAUGGGACGUUAAGAAGAAGCAAGACAUCGACAGACAGAAGUUUGAUGAUAGAGUAUCUUGUAUGGCGUGGAAGCCAGUUGGUAAUGCGUUGGCUGUUAUUGAUAUAAAUGGAAAGUAUGGCCUGUGGGAAUCGGUUGUUCCUUCUUCAAUGAAAUCUCCAACUGAAGAUAUUCCUAAUUUGCAACUAAAGAAAAAUAACGGACUUCUUUUGUUCAAUGAGGAAGAUGACGAGCCUAGUGUAUCUGGUAGUUUAAGUGAUCUUGGUGAAGACAGCCUUGAUGAGUCAGAGUUGCAAAGUAGGAAGAGAUCACGGAAAAGCUCUGAAUUUGAUGAAGUGUCAGAUGAAGACGUCAAAGGUGAGAUGAAGUUGUUUUCAAAGACUGAACCAAGAAAAAAAGUACAUCGUGUUGGCAAGGAUAAUCUGGAUAAGGGAAAUGAGGCACUAAGAAGCACAUCAACAUCUGUUAAGUCAAAGUUGCAGGAAGCCUUUCAGCCUGGAGCGACUCCUGCACAGCCUGGGAAGAGGCGCAUUUUAUGCUACAAUAUGCUUGGAACUAUCACUACAAUGGAAUGUGAUGGGUACUCACAUAUUGAGAUUGAUUUCCACGACACUAGUAGAGGUCCGAGAGUUCCUGCUAUGACUGACCACUUUGGUUUCACAGUGGCCUCGUUAAAUGAGAAUGGCAGUGUUUUUGCAAAUCCUUGCAAAGGUGAUAAAAACAUGAGUACUCUUAUGUAUCGCCCAUUUAGUAGCUGGGCUAACAACAGUGAGUGGUCUAUGCGAUUUGAAGGGGAAGAAGUGAAGGUUGUGGCGUUGGGCAAUGCUUGGGUUGCUGCAGCAACUAGCCUCAACUUUCUGCGCAUCUAUACAGAAGGUGGUUUGCAGAAGCAUAUUCUCUCCCUUGAUGGGCCAGUGGUGACUGCAUCAGGCUUCAAAAAUCAACUUGCAGUUGUAACUCAUGUUUCUGACUGCCUUCCCUCAAAUGAUCAGAUGCUGGAGUUCAGAGUAUUUGAUAUAAAUAAUGGGACUCAGCCAUUUCAAGGACGUCUUCCAUUAAGUCCAGAUUCACAUCUAACUUGGUUUGGGUUUAGUGAAGAAGGUCGAUUGAGUUCCUAUGAUUCUAAGGGUGUCUUGAGAGUUUUCACAAGUCAAUUUGGUGGAAGUUGGCUUCCACUCUUCAGUGCUGCUAAAGAGAAAAAGAUUAAUGAAAGCUAUUGGGUGGUUGGACUAAAUGCAAGCAAAUUAUUUUGUAUUGUUUGUAAGAGUCCAGAGAAAUUCCCACAGGUGAUUCCCAAGCCAGUCCUCACUCUCCUGAAUCUAUCAUAUCCUCUUGGUUCUUCUGAUUUGGGAGCGGAUGCCCUGGAAAAUGAGUUUAUCCUCAAUAACAUGCGGCUCUUUCAGGUUCAGAAACAAAUGGAAGAGAUGACAACUGCUGGUUUGGACACCAAUGCAAUUGAUGAUGAGGUUUUCGAUACCGAGACAGCUCAGGAUAGAUGCAUCCUGAGACUGAUCGCAUCAUGCUGCAAUGGUGACAAGCUUGUGAGAGCAACAGAGCUUGUGAAGCUUUUAUCACUGGAAAAAUCGGUGAAAGGAGCUAUAAAGCUUGUUACUGCAAUGAAACUUCCAAAUUUGGCAGAUCGUUUCAACAAUAUAUUAGAGGAAAGAUUAUUAAAGGAGUCCCUAGCAAACUCAAACAGUGUUAUAGGUAGCAAGAGCAUGGCUUCAUCAGAAAAAAGUAAAACUCCAGAAGCUAUUGCUGUGCAACCAUCACCAAAAUUAUCGGCACCUCUAUUUACUAAGAAAGUGAAUAAACUUGAAAAAGAAAAAGCUGAUGAAAAGAGAGCUGCAAAUGGAGAAACUGAUGGAAAUUUAGCAAAGAACAUAGGACAGGUAAAGAUUGGAGGAGGAGAAAUGUCAAAAGCACAAUCUCAACGACCCUCAAAUCCGUUUUCGAAGUCAUCAACCAAUCAUGACACUGUAAAGAAAGAAGACGUAAAACCUCAGCGCCCUUCUAAUCCAUUCAAGAAGUUGCCAAAUUAAAUUUUUGGUUUUAUUUAUCCGAUGCUGGGAGAAUGCAUAGUAAAGAUUUUGUUUCUAUGUAUUAAGUGUAUAUUGAAAGUUCAUUACUGAUUUGUCCUAGUGGCUCUCAUCCUGCUUUUUGUAAUCAAAAUUUACAUGAAGCAAUUACUCUUGGAGGGAUGAA